AUGAAAACCUCCAGCGAGGUUCCCUUUUAUCACUCAUUGCCCGUACCAGGAGCCGAAGACAGUCUCAAGGAUCAGAUCCACUCCAAGGUUAUGGGCACGAUAGGCAAUGUCAUGAACUCCAUUGAUCGAAAGGCACUGCCUCAGCAACUGGAAGGGGCAUGGGAAACAGCUGGAAAUGUCGUUAACUCCCUUGAGUCAAAACUGUCCGGGCAGAAGUCGUUUGAUUUUGACGGCGGAAAUGAUUUUCUUGAUGGAUAUGAAUGCCCUGAUGAUUAUUGGGACUAUGAACCGCACAAGGCACAAAAGCCAGUUAACAUUAGAAAUCUGCUGGGUGGCAUAGUUGCUAUCAUUGGCCGCAGUUGCAAAAAUGAUGAAAUUCAACAAUCAAAGGAGGCUAAGACCAGUGUCUCAUUCUUGGGGUCAAGUAUUGAUGGAGAUACAUCCUUGCAUUUGUCAGUCUACGCACCAAGUGCUCCUCCUUUGCUGGAUGAAGAAGCCUUGAGUUACAAUAUUUAUAGGGUUGUUUUAGAGGCAGAACCACCAGAAUGGCUGCCCGAUAGCUAUGCUGACUCAUGCAUGCAGUGUUCUGCUUCUUUCACUGCUAUUACCCGUGGAAGGCAUCAUUGUCGAUUCUGUGGAGGGAUAUUUUGCAAGGCAUGUUCGAAAGGCAGAUGUCUUUUGCCAGCCAAGUUUCGUGAGCGAAACCCACAAAGGGUCUGCGAUGCAUGCUAUGAUAGGCUUGAUCCAUUGCAGAACUUACUGAUAAAUUCUGUCAGCAAUGCGACACAAACUGCAAAGCAUGAUGUUAUGGAUUGGACUUCUGCGAGAGGGUGGUUGAAUUUGCCUAUUGGAUUAACAUUGGAACACGAGAUAUACAAGGCAGCAGUAUCCAUUAGGAGCUACAGUCAGGUUUCAAGGAUAAACCCAGGAAAAUCUAUUCCGCAUGCAGUCCUUAGUGGAGCAAGUGGACUUGCUAUCUUGACAGUUGUAAAAGCUGGUGCAUUUCUUACAUACAAACUUGGAACUGGAUUAGUAGUUGCUCGUAGAUCAGAUGGUUCAUGGUCUCCACCCUCUGCUAUAGCUUCAGCUGGAUUAGGAUGGGGAGCACAGAUCUCUUACAUGUUACAUGUUUUAUCUUAA